AUGAGUCGGAAGCUGAAUCGGCGCCAGCAGCGUGAGCAGGAGGAGCUCGAGCAGCUCGAGAACCUCCAGGCGGAUGUGCAAAAGCCAGCGGAGCAGGCGGAGCCGCCCGCCGAGGCCACGCCGCCCGCGCUAGGCUUUGCGGCACUCCAAGUCGCCGACGAGGACGAGGACGAGGACGAGGACGAGCCAGUGACUGCGGCCACCCCGGCACCCUCCAAGAAGAAGAAGAACAAGAAAAAGAGCAAGAAAAAGGCAGAGCCCGAGGCCGAAGCCCCGGCGCCCAAAACCGCCGCGCCCAAGAAGCAAAAGGGCAAGGGCCAGGCGUCCAAGGACGUGAACGACAUGUCGAUCGAGGAGAUGACGGCGCUCCUGAAUGCACAGGCGCCGAAGAAGGGCGAAUCCGAUGCGCAGCCCAAGCAGGAAGCGCCCAGCUCGCCACACGCCGUGUUGCGUGGCGUGCUUGCUUUGGACCCUCCGCAUCUCGACCCCGCGCUGGAGCUGCGCCGCCAGUUCGGCGCGGCGGCCAUCAAGGCGUACGAGCGUGAGAAGAACUCGUCCGGUGUUCCGACACGCUCUGGCGCGCGCGGCCGCGAGAACCGCGGUGCGGCGUUCAACUCCAAUACACGCGCACGCACGGUGCUGUGCACCCCCAAGAAUACGUGGCCCGACAUUGCGCGGACAUUUGUCGGUCUCUCGAUGUCGACCGAGGAGACGAAGCAGGGCCGCAUCUGCAACUGGGACCACAGCCGCGCGUAUCGCCAGGCACAGUUCCAGUUCGCACAGGCGGUCAACUCGCACGACACCGGCGCGCUUAUGGCGCUCUUCCGCGUCUUUCCGUGGCACAUUGACACGCUGCUGCAGCUCUCGGACGUGUCGCGGUACCAAGGCGACCUCGGCCAGGCGUCCGACUUUAUCGACCGCGCGCUCUUUGCGCUAGAGCGCUCGGCUUCGCCGCCGUUUGUCGCCGGCCUGACGUCGUCGAGCGGCCCGCCGCAGGUGGACUUUUUGCGUGCCGAGAACCGCGCCAUGUGGCUGGCGAGCCACCGUAACAUUGACCUGUUUGGCCGCCGCGGGACGUGGCGCACGGCGCUAGAGUGGUGCAAGAUGCUCUUUGGCCUGGAUACCAAGGACCCCCAUGCGAUUCUGCUCUGGAUCGACUUCCUUGCGAUCAAGAGCAAGCAGCAUGCGUGGCUGCUCACCUUCCUUGACGCGCUCGAGGCGGAGCGUGCAAAAGCCGUGCAGAAGCACGGCAGCCUCGACAAUGUCGCCGCCCGCACGCCGCUCGACCAGGAGAAGGCGGCUGCGAACGAGACGUGGCGCGGUGCGCUCGACUGGAGUGUCGGCGCUAGCUUUGCGCGUGCGCUUGCGUUGCGUGCGGUCGAGAAAGACGAGGGGGAUACCACACAUACCCGCAGCAGUGCCGCCCUGCGUCUUGCGAUCGCGCGCCACCCCUGCGCAACCGUGCUGCUGUGCGAGAAGCUGGACGCACCCGUGCCCCAAGGCGCCGCGUUCCGUACGCGGGGCGAAUGGAGUGCCAAGGACCCCGCGUUUGACGAGCUGCUUGCGCAGUUGUACGUCCACCGCUCCUUGUCGCUCUGGAAAGAAGCGCCCAUCGCGCAGUGGUUCCGCACGAACCUCGACGCGGUGCGCGGCGCGCUCGAGCAAGGCAAGGUCACGGUCGGCGCGGCGGACGAGGCGACGCAGAUGGGCGUGUACCGCCACAUUGUCGUGGCGGACCUGCCCGAGAACCUGAAGCAGCAGCUCACGCGCUUCUUCCCCCCGGCCGUGCGCAACCCCCCCGGCGGUGUCGAGACCUUUGACCCUCUUCCCCCAGCGCACGGGUCGCGGUACGACGAUGCGUACUUUGCCGUGGUCGGCGACCAGCUGCGCCGGCAGCAGCAGCAGCGCGCGACCGGCGGCCAAGGUGCAUGGGAGAUCCUGCGGCACCUGCAGAACCUCAAUGUCGACGAGCUGCAGCAGCUCAUGGAGCACGUCGACCCCGAGACGCGCGACCUGCUCCUACAGGCGCACGGCACGCAGGACGACGGAUUUGAGACCGACGAGACUCUCGACGAGGACGGCGAGGGCGUGCCGGGCGCCGUUGAAGGCGCCGACACGGCUGCGCCUGCCGACGAUGCGCCUACCGACGGCGCUGCGCCGGCGGAAAAUGCGUCCGACCCGGCGCAGCCGGGUCUCAUGCAGCGAGCAUGGAAUGCGCUGUGGGGAUAG